AUGAACCAAGUUCGGGAAUUGAACAUUGGCAAGGGCUCAAGCUCUGUAGAAAUAGUGCCGAAGCAGCUUUCUGAGACGGAUUUGAAAGAACACGAAUUUCCCGUAGUGAGAAUCGAAGAAUUCGCAGGCUCCAGUGAAGAAACUCCAAUCAAGAGCCGUAGAAAAAAUGCUAAGACGUUGAAACCGAAACUGUCAACACCCCAUGCUCUCAGUGCUGAAGCUGUAGUUACCGACUCACCGAGUGGGAGCAGUCGCAGACGCCGCUCUAGCAGUCGAACCUCUAGCAAGAAUUUGAAGAGCACGACGGAUAUAUCACCCGCAUCCAUGAUUUUCAGAAAUCUACUGAUUUUAGAAGAUGACCUAAGACGCCAGGCACGCGAACAGAAGAUCUUGAAGUGGCAGUUUACCGUGUUCCUCUCGGUACUGGUGGGCAUCGCAGCCUCCGCGUUUUACGAGCUCUACUUCUCCCAAGAGACUGUGCGGGGAAUAUAUAAGGUGGUACUGCAGUUUCUGCUCAUAUUUAUCCUAGUGACAGUGGUGCUUUUCCACCUGAGUGGCGAGUACCGCCGCACCAUCGUGAUACCCCGCAAAUUCUUCACGUCCACGAACAAAGGCAUUCGGCAAUUCAAUGUCAAACUUGUCAAGGUGAGAAGUACCGUGCCAGACUUGACUAUAGAUCUUGUUCGCUGGAUAUGCCGCGUGGCCGCGGCUGCUAACCUGGCAUUGGCCGGUAAGUUGCUACCUGCAAGGGUAGCAGAGAAGAACUGGCUCGUGCGCCUUUGGGAGUCGGUGGCUCUGCGGUCUCAGCCGCGCAUUGGGGCCAUCGACGUGAAACUGGUCCUGAAUCCAAGAGCGUUCAGCGCGGAGGUUCGUGAGGGCUGGGAAAUUUAUAGAGAUGAAUUUUGGGCACGAGAGGGUGCCCGCAGGCGAAAACAAGUGAACGACCAAGAUAGGUGA